AUGUUGGAAGGCUUGGUCGCCGGUCUGCUGAACCGCUUCCUGGGCAUGUACGUCAAGAAUUUUGACCCUACCCAGUUGAAGGUCGGCAUCUGGUCCGGCGAUGUAAAGCUGCGCAACCUAGAGCUGCGUAAGGAGGCGCUCGACCAGCUCAAGCUCCCGAUCAACGUCGUCGAGGGGCACCUCGGCGAGCUGACCCUCACCAUCCCCUGGUCGAAUCUACGCGGCGCUCCCGUCAAGGUCUUCAUAGAGGAUGUCUUCCUGCUCGCCUCGCCCAAGGAGGAGGCCGCCUACGACGAGGACGAGGAGGACCGCAGGAAGCAGCGGCUCAAGAUGGAGAAGCUGGACUCGGCCGAGCUGCUGAAGGAGCGUUCCCAGGCCGGGCUCAGCCAGGAGGAGCAGAAGAAGAGCCAGAGCUUCACCGAGAGCUUGGUCACUAAGAUUGUCGACAACCUGCAGGUCACCGUCAAGAACAUACACGUCCGCUACGAGGAUUCCAUCUCCACCCCGGGACACCCCUUUUCGCUCGGUCUCACUCUGGAAGAGUUCAGCGCCGUUUCCACCGAUGGCGAUUGGAAGCCUACCUUUAUCCAGAACUCGACCAAGACGACACACAAGCUUGCCAAGCUUGACGCCCUCGCAGUCUACUGGAAUACCGACACAAAGCUGCUGGGCUCGGGUCGUGAAGCCCUAGCAGACGGCGACGACACUCUGUCCCACGACGACAUGAUUGCUGAAUUCAAGAGGAUGAUCGGCAAGGACGACGGCGGCGACGACGUGGACGCUGCACAACACCAGUUCAUCCUGAAACCCGUCAGCGGACAGGCCAAGAUCGAGCUCGACAAAUCAGGGGACACUCACACCCCCAAGUUCAAGGGCAGCUUGCUGUUCGAUGAGAUUGGUGUCGUUCUGGAUGAUGACCAAUACCGCGAUGCUCUCAUGAUGGUCGACCUCUUCCACUACUUUAUCCGGCACCAGGAAUACAAGAAGUUGCAGCCCAAGGGAGUCUCACCCAAGGAAGACCCGCGGGCCUGGCUCAGGUUCGCUGGCGAUGCUGUGCUCUCCAAAAUCCACGACCGCAAUCGGCGGUGGAGUUGGGAUUACUUCAAGGAGAGGCGGGACGAUCGCCGCCGGUACAUCGAGAUAUUCAAGAAAAAGAAGGCCAACCAACAUCUGACCCCCCAGGAGACGGAUGACCUGAACAGGCUGGAGAUGAAGCUCGAAUACGAGGAUCUACGCUUCUGGAGAUCGUUAGCCCGCAAUCAGCUCAAGAAGGAGAACGCGGAAGCCCUCAAGAACGCACCCCCGAAGGAGGAGCACCCCCAGGGAUGGCUUGCGUGGGCCUGGGGCUCCAAGCCGUCGCAGCAGUCUCAGCAGUCUGACGAAAACACUCAGAUGACAGAAGAGCAACGGCAGGAGCUCUACGAGGCUAUUGAUUGGGACGAGAAACAAGCACUCGCAGACGCAGUGGACGCCCCGCGGGAUGCCGUAAAGAUGCAGUUUGAUGCAUCUCUCAGUACUGGCAGUUUCACCCUCAGGCAAAGUCCGCAUGGCGCCAAGAGGGAUCUCCUGAGUCUUCACUUCGAUGUUUUCAAAGCCAAGGCACUCAAACGAACCGAUUCCGUGCUCGCGGAUCUCAGCCUUGGAGGCUUCCGUGUCAAUGAUGGCACCACCGCCAACUCCCUGUUCAAGGAGAUCGUCAGAGUCAAAGAUGCACCAGAACAGAGCAAACAGAAGCGGCUCUCGAUUGUGGACCUAGAAAAGACGGAGCACACUUCCUUCUUCGAUCUACAGGUGGAGCAGAACCCUCUCGACGGCCAAGGUGAUUUCGCCGUGACCGCAAAGUUAAAACCCCUCGAGAUCGUAUGGAACCCCAACUUCGUUGUGGGUGUAGUCGACUUCUUCAAGCCCCCGGAACGGCACAUGGAGUCCAUUAGUGCCCUCAUGGAAUCGGCUGGUGCCACAGUCGAGGGCCUAAGACAGCAAACGAGAGCUGGUCUGGAGUUCGCUCUCGAAGAACACAAGGCCAUUAAUGCCAAGUUGGACCUGCAGGCCCCGCUCAUCAUUAUCCCGCAAGAUAUCACGACUAAGAGGUCGAAUUGCCUCAUCCUCGAUGCAGGUCACAUCAGUGUCAGCAGUGAACUUGUUGACAAGGACACCUUGAAGCAGGUGCAAGAAAAGCAGCAUCAGCAGUAUUCAGAUGAAGACUUCAAGCAGCUAGAGUCCCUCAUGUACGACCGUUUCCUCGUAAAGCUUACCUCAACCCAGGUCCUCAUCGGCCCAUCCAUAGAGGAUACCAAAUCUCAAUUGGUUGAGAAGGAUGAUGCUCGCAUGUAUCACGUCGUCGAGAAGAUCAACCUAGACUUUGUUGUUGCUCUAUCGAUCCUUCCCAAGGCCCCCAAUUUGACCAAGGUGAAGAUAUCCGGGCGAAUGCCGGUCCUGCACGCCACAGUUUCCGAUACCAAGUACAAGAGUCUCAUGAGGCUCAUUGACGUUGCAAUACCAAAAUUUGGUGGCGACGCACAACAGACCCAGGCACCACAGCGGCCUAAAAGGCCUCGCCUUCUCAGCAGUGCCUCGAGUAGAUCACGGAAAGCCCAUCGACGGAAAUCGUCAGCCAACCUGUUUAACACACAACAAACAGCUGUCAUACUUCACGAUGACGACGACGAUGAUGAUGACUUCGAAGAUGCGCCUGACGGGAGUACAAACCAACAGCUCAAGAUGCAGCAGCGCACCUUCGAAUUCAAAUUCGCUGUCGACAAGCUGCAAGGCUCCUUGUACCGAAGUGACCCAGAUGGUCAGAAACCCGACGCGUUGUUGGUGGAGCUGGUUGCCGAGAACUUUGAUCUUGAGUUCUACAUUCGACCUUUCGACAUGGCUGCCGAAGUAUCCCUCGGCUCGGUCACCGUCGAUGACUUCGUGGACAACCCCUCCGCAGACUUCAAAUCGAUCGUUUCUUCCGGCGACGUUGAAGACAGACAAGAGAAACGAGAUCUCGUCAAGGUCAAAUUUGUCAAGGUCAAGAGAGAGUCUCCCGAGUUCAUGCCGGUCUAUGAGGGCAUAGAGACCAACAUCAACGUCGCUGUCUCCACCAUAAACCUUAUCGUGACCCGAAAAACACUUCUCACACUGCUGGAUUUCAUUCUUGUCACUUUCACCAACAAUGACAACGUCAGCACCCAACGCCAGAAGGCUAUCAUUGAUAGUGAGGAAGAAGAUGAGGAAGACGGCGAUGACGAUAAGCCCCAGAUCAUUGAACCGUCCCCUGAGUCGCCACAAAAUGACGCAGGAUCCAUCCGAGUGAAGGUCGACCUCAAGACUAUACGCAUGAUUCUGAAUAAUGACGGCAUCAGGCUUGCUACGCUAUCUUUCAACCAUGCCGACGUCGGUGUAUACCUGUCUGGCAAGACGAUGCGUAUUGCGACAAAGCUUGGCGACUUGAGUUUGGUGGAUGAUGUAAACGUAGGCGCAUCGGAAGACUCAAGCUUACGACGACUGGUCACAAUCCAGGGCGACGAGCUGGCUGAUUUCCGGUACGAGACAUUCGAUUCGAGCAAUGAGAAGGCAUAUCCUGGAUAUGACUCGUCCAUCUUCCUUCGCGCCGGCUCCAUCAAAGUCAACUUUAUGGAAGAACCGUUCAGGAAAAUCAUUGAGUUCUUAGUGAAAUUCGGCAAGAUGCAGGCGAUCUACAAUGCCGCGCGUCAAGCCGCUGCAAACCAGGCCCAACAGAUACAGCAGAGUACCAGCCGGUUCAAGUUUGACGUCAUUGUGAAUACACCCAUCAUCGUGUUCCCGGGGUCAAUUUCACCAGGCCGACCGAAGCGUGAUCUGAUCACAGCUUACCUUGGAGAGAUAUAUGCGCAGAACAAGUUCGCUCCUCUGGAUGAUUCGGAAGAUUCCGAGGUGGCUAUGAAGUUGUCAGCGGGUAUUCGAAAUGUUAGGCUUACAUCGCUCUUCCACUACGAAAAGGACGAAGCGGAGGAGUUGGAAAUGAUCGACCACGUCGAUCUUGGCUUCAACAUUACAUAUGCCGAGCACAAAAAGGGAUGGAAGCGUCCAGAUAUGGAGAUCGAAGGCAGGAUGACCGAUCUAAACCUCAAGAUCACUCAGUAUCAGUUAAGCUCACUCCUUGCGAUCUCAAAGUCCGUCCCAGCUGCAUUUUCUACCGACGCUGAAGCAAGCGGCGAGGAAGCUGAGAGAGAUGUUGACGAGGGCACUCUCCGACGAGCUAAGACCAUGUCCUCGACCACUACCGGCGGCGAUAACUCGCUGAUCGAUUUGGGACCAGAACUCGGGACUCGCGAGGAUGCCUGGACAAAACUGGACCUCGUCUUUGAUGUCCACAAGAUUGGUUUGGAAUUAAUCGACGCGCCAGAUGGCAGGCCCGUGGGCAACACAGACAAUGCUAGCUUGGCGCAAUUCUCAUUGGAUGACAGCAAACUCAAGACUCGAAUGCUUUCCGAUAACUCUCUCGAGGCCGAGUUCGUCAUACACUCCUUCACCAUCCAGGACUCCCGCCGGAGGGAUGGCAACAAGUUCCGAAAGAUCAUGACUUCUUCCAAUAAGAGUGUGCAGCAGUUUAUGGCCUCCGUGUCCAUGAGCGGUGGCCAGAACCGUAACGUGAUUGCAAUGGUCGCUGUUGACAGCCCGAGAGUUAUUUUUGCUCUGGAUUAUGUGUUUGCCAUUCAACACUUCGUGUCAACUGGUUUGCAGUCUGAUGAAGCCCCACAGGUUGAAGAUAUCCCUGAAGAGUCAUCAGAUGGGUCUGAUGCCGACUCUAUGCAAGUCGUCUGGACUGGUAGUCAGUCACAAAAGCCUGGGCAGGAGCUUCAGAAAGACGACGCAAAGCAGGACGGCUCACAGAUGAGCCUCGCCUUCCGUGUUAAUAUCGUGGAUGCUCAAGUCAUUCUGAUCGCCAAUCCCCUAAGUUCAAGUUCAGAGGCUAUUGUGCUGGGCACGAAGCAGGUGCUCUUGUCUCAGCAGCAUGCACUAACUUUCCAAGUCUCCCAGGUCGGCAUGUUCCUGUGUCGCAUGGACAGAUUUGAGGAAAGCCGCCUGCGUAUUCUUGAUGACUUUUCGAUACAGCUGUCGAUGGACAGCUCCCAGUCUAACUUGACGAGCAUCCACAUUGACAUCGAGCCCCUGAUUCUGCGGCUUUCACUGCGCGAUAUCUUACUUGUCCUUCAAAUCAUCAGCAAGGCAUCCGAGCUGUCAGCCGACAAGCCUGAAGAUUCCAAGCCCAGCGCUUCCGAUAAAAAGGCUCAACAACUUCGAGGCGAUGGCCUCAAGCAGCGCACUGCCAGCGGUCGUGGUGGUUCUACCAUCGCCAACCGAACGAAGGGUGCUCGGACAGCUGGCACUGUGACGACCCGUACGCGCAAGUCAUCACAGCCACAGAAGCCUGUUCACGAUUUGAGCAAGGGCCCGAAACGGCACGAAGAGUUGACUGCGACCAUCGACGGGAUUCGUGUUGUACUGAUAGGUGAUGUCCAUGAACUGCCUAUCUUGGACUUGAGCGUCAAGAAUUUCACGGCAUCGGCAGCCGACUGGUCAGGUAGUCUCAAGGCGGAAACUGCAAUCGAUAUGUAUAUUAAUGUGUACAACUUUGCCAAGUCCGCCUGGGAACCACUGCUGGAGCCUUGGCAGGUUGGUCUCGGUGUGGCGAGAGCCCAGGACACUGGAUUGCUCUCGGUAGACAUGCAGUCAAGGAAAACAUUUGAGGUCACAGUCACCACCGCCACCAUUGCCUUGGCAUCGAAAUCCUUUGAUUUCUUGACUGAAAACGAAGAUGUCCUUGGCAAACCGCGGGGCGCCGAGACGGCCUACAAGAUUCGGAACUACACCGGAUUUGACGUGAUUGUCCAGGCCAGGAACCAAAGCAACACGGAUAACAUCUCAGUCAGACUUGACGAUGGCCAGGAAGCCCCUUGGAGCUUUGAACACUGGGAAAAGAUGCGUGAGAAUAUCAUGUCUGACAGCAAUACGGCGAACAGUGUGACGGUGCAGAUCGAAGGUAGCGGUUUUGAUACUGUCAAGAACGUCCGCAUCAAUCGACAGGGCGAGUUUCUUUACAGCCUCCGACCCAAGACGGACAACACGAUGCACCGCCUCCUGGUCGAAGUUCAACUCGGCAACGACAAUGUCAAGUACGUUACUCUAAGAUCACCCUUGGUGGUGGAGAAUGACACGCAGAUACCUGUCGAGCUUGGUGUCUACGAUGCCCAGGAGGGCCAUCUGCUCAAAAUCGAGAAGAUCCCUCCUGGGGAGAGCCGACCCGCACCUGUCGCGGCAUGUUUUGUCAAAUCUCUUCUGGUACGACCGGAUUCUGGAUUUGGUUACGCAUGGUCGUCAGAGCACCUUUGGUGGAAGGAUCUGAUCAAGAGACCAACUCGUACUUUGGUAUGCAAAGGGGAGGGCAAUGAUCCAUUCUACUUCCAGAUGAACACAAGCUUCGAUAGAGGCCACUUCCUGAACGGGAGAUACCCGUACAUGAAAAUCAAACUUUCGCCACCCAUCAUCCUCGAAAAUCUCUUGCCUUACGACUUCAAGUACCGUAUCUACGACAAAAACACUAAGAAGGACUGGACCAACUUCCUCCGAAAGGGCGGUGUUAGUCCUGUGCAUGUCGUGGAGCUGUCACAUUUGCUUCUCAUGAGCAUUGAUAUGCAGGACACUGUAUUCAAGCCCAGCGAGUUUGCUAUCAUCAACCCCGGGGGCCAGGAUGACUUCCGGAAGGAGCACAAGCUGAUUUGCAAGGAUGAAGAAGGCCUUCAACUGCAGCUCCGACUUCAUUACUUCAAGGUUCCUGACGGUGGUGGCGCAUUCAAGGUCACUGUCUACAGUCCUUACGUCGUUCUAAACAAGACCGGCCUCGAUGUCAAUAUACGUGGCAAGCAGUUCCUCCAGCAGGCCAAGAGGGCGGCCGGACAAGCACCUCUGACGGACAACUCGAACAGAGAGCAGCCCAAGGCACUCCCCUAUAUGUUUUCAUUCGCCAGUGACGACCACCGAAACCGUGCCUUGCUCAAAGUUGGCGAAUCGGAAUGGAGCAAGCCUCAAAGUUUCGAUGCCAUCGGCAGUACAUCUGACGUUGUUCUUCCGGCAACCGACAAGAAUACCGAGUACCACGUUGGCAUCACGGUCGAGGCUGGCCAGGGAAAAUACAAGAUGACCAAGGUCGUCACCCUAGCGCCCAGAUUUGUCGUCCAGAACAAGGCUGGGGAGGAGCUCAACAUCAGGGAGCCUGGGUCUUCCAACCUCAUGACUCUCGAGCCUGGCGCACUUCAGCCUCUUCACGCUCUACAGCGAUCCCACAUAAAACAGAUAGCCCUCUGUUACCCUGGCAUCAACAAUCAGUGGACAUCUCCGUUCAACAUCUCAGACCUGGGUACUACUCAUAUCAAAAUAGCCAAAGCUGGCCAGCGGCAGCGCCUCAUCCGAGUGGAGACAUUGAUGGAAGACGCGACUAUCUUCUUGCACCUAAGCAUAGAGACAAAGAAUUGGCCCUUUUCUAUGCGCAAUGAGAGCGACACAGAGUUCACAUUCCACCAAGCCAAUCCCAACAUAGACGACGAUGGGGCUGAAGACCGAUCCGGUUGGCGGCCAAUCCGGUACAGAUUGCCACCUCGGAGCAUUAUGCCAUAUGCCUGGGACUUCCCUGCUGCUAAGUUCAAGGAGGUCGUCAUCACAGCCCAUGGCAAGGAACGACACAUCAAGCUAGCUGAGAUUGGCAACCUCAUCCCCAUGAAGAUUAUCGGCACCUCGGGUGGUCAGAAGAUCAUCGAUAUCAAUGUCGCGGCUGACGGUCCCACCCAGACUCUUAUCCUGUCCAACUACAAGCCUGGCAAGAGUUUGUACCGGCAGAGGACGGGGACCGGAUUGAGUACAAACAGCACCAGCGGAUUCGAAGUCAAACAGCAAAAUACAGGCACUACCUUUCAGGCCCAUCUCAAGCUCUCGGGCAUCGGAGUCUCGCUCAUCAACUCCCAGCUCAAGGAACUGGCUUACAUCACGUUCCGGGAUGUGCAGCUGAAGUACAAUGAGUCGGCGCUGUAUCAGAAUAUCAGCACCUCAAUCAAGUGGAUUCAGAUCGAUAACCAGCUAUACGGCGGACUAUUCCCCAUGGUCCUCUAUCCUUCUGUGGUUCCCAAGCAAGCCCAAGAGAUCGAGAUGCACCCCUCACUGCAUGCCAUGGUCACUAGGGUUAAGGACGACUCCUACGGUGUUAUCUAUAUCAAGUACGCAACUCUUCUGCUGCAGCAGAUGACGGUUGAACUUGAUGAGGAUUUUAUCUACGCCGUGCUGGACUUCACGAAGGUACCGGGUGCAUCUUGGACCGAAACCCACGAAGGAAAGCUUUGUGACGAAGGCUUGGAUAUCCCUGAGCCAAAGCAGCAACAGUCGGGCCAGGACAUCUACUUCGAGGUCCUGAACAUUCAACCUAUGCAACUCGAUCUCUCAUUCAUGCGCACAGAGCGUGUGAAUGUGGAGGACAAGACUUCUUCGCAUAACCCGGUCAUGUUCUUCGUCAAUGCCAUGACCAUGGCCAUCGGCAACGUCAAUGAUGCGCCCAUACGUUUGAAUGCCUUACUACUAGAGAACGCCCGCGUGUCAAUACCCGUACUUGUUCAAAACAUGUCCAAUCACUACAGUCAAGAGGUCAUCUAUCAAGUUCACAAGAUUAUUGGCAGCGCUGACUUCCUGGGCAACCCAGUCGGUCUGUUCAAUAACAUCAGCAGUGGUAUCACAGAUGUCUUCUACGAGCCAUACCAAGGACUCAUUAUGUCCGACAAGCCUGAAGAUCUUGGACUGGGUAUUGCCAAGGGUGCAGCCAGCUUUGUGAAGAAGUCGGUCUACGGCUUCUCCGAUUCGUUCUCCAAGAUCACCGGCAGUUUCAGCAAAGGCCUCGCCGCAGCGACGCUGGACAAGCAGUUCCAGGAUCGCCGUCGCAUCACACGCGCGCGGAACCGUCCGAAGCAUGCUCUCUAUGGCUUCACAGCCGGCGCCAACUCGUUUUUCACAUCAGUUGCCUCUGGCGUCGGAGGCGUAGCCAAGAAACCUCUCGAAGGUGCUGAACAGGAGGGCGCCGCGGGAUUCUUCAAGGGUGUCGGAAAAGGUGCUCUGGGGCUGAUCACCAAGCCCGCCGUCGGCGUCUUCGACUUUGCCUCGAACGUCUCUGAAGGUGUGCGGAACACUACGACCGUCUUUGACGGAUCCGAGCUCGAUCGUGUCCGCAUCACGCGAUUCAUCCCACAGGAUGGCAUUGUGCGGCCAUACAACCAGCGUGAGGCUUUGGGCCAAUCUUGGCUCAAACAAGUCGACAACGGCAAAUACUUCAACGAGGAAUACAUUGCACAUUUGGAGCUACCGCGUGAGGAUAUGGUCGUCAUGGUGACGUACAGCCGAAUUCUACUCAUUAGAAGCCGGAGACUUACCACCGAGUGGGACGUCCCACUCAAGGAUGUCCAGACCAUCGCGAAGGAGCGCACAGGAAUCAGCAUCGUGCUGAGGGGCGGCACAAACGGACCCUUCGUCCCCGUCGGGGAGGAGAGCGGAAGGGGAUUCUUGUACCGCAUGGUUGCUGUGGCUGUGGAGGAGUUCAACCGGAGAUUCAGGGGCUUGGAGUGA